GUCCCACCUGUGCAGCUGCCCAAACCUGCUCCCAGUGCAGCGCGGCGCGGCCGGAGGGAGGGAGCUCGGAGCGCGCAGGCAGCGCCCGGCGCCAGAUCCCUGCCACACUGCAGCUGGUGGCCAGUGGCCUCGGAGCCCCCUGCACCAUGGCCAGUGAGAAGAUGCAUGGUGCCCCGGACCUGCUGGACCUCAGCUUCCAGUCCCUAGCUAUGAAGCACAUUGACCUGAAGCAGGUGGAACUGGACACGGCCGUAGCCAAGGUGGAUGAGCUGUCCAGACAGCUGGAAACCCUGUGGACGGACAGCCCGGGGCAGACUGCUGGGCAACCCAAGGUGGACAGAUACGGCGCCAGCCCCUCGCACGCCCCAGAGCCGCUUCGCUUGGCCACGUCCCCACAGCUUCAGUACGCCAGGAAGAACCUCUCUCUGGAGAGCACCGACAGCUACAUCUCCUACCACGCUGAGACCUUCUCACCCACCGCCGUCUACAGCCCACCUGCCAAGGCCCACCCCGCCUCUCCCCAGUCCCCCUUCUACCUGCAGGGCGAGCCCCUGGAGCGGGCCCAGUCGCCCCGGCCCAAGGUGCUGCCCGUCUCUUACGACUCGCUGCCCCUGCCCAGCCCCAAGGGACGCGCGCCCUCCCCGCGUUCCCUGUGGCAGGCUGGUGCCGCGGAGCGCCUGGCCUUCUCCAGGCCGGUGGGCCGCGCGGGCUCCCCCAGGUUGGUGCCCACCCCCUCUGAGGCCUCGGCGCCACAGAUGUUCUUCCCGGACCGCGCGCUGUCUCCCCGGCCACCCCACCCGCCGCCCUACGAGAGCCACAGCCUGUACCCCACUGGGCCCAGCUCCUUCGCCCCCUUCCGGGCCCAAGAUGACCUGGUGAUCCGGCGAAGGCCCCAGAAGAGCUGGAACGAGUCGGACCUGGACGUGGCGUACGAGAAGAAAUCGUCCCACUCGGCCGGCUACGAGAGAGGAGACGUGCACGCGGGGCUCAGGCAGGCACCCACGGGGCUGCAGCUGGCUCCUUGGAGGGAAUCGAGCCUGGACGGGGCCGCAGGGCAAGGCAAGGACGAGUGCCCCCAGCCUUACGCCAUCCACAGCGCCACGCUGCCACGCAACUACAAAGUGUCCCUGCUGCCCGGCGAGCGCAGACCAGACAGCUCCUUCCGCAGGCUGCUGCCCGCCAGCCAGACGGGCACCCUGCCCCGCAACUGGCAGUUCUCCCAGCAGCCCGUCUCGCGCAUCGCCAUGCCGCCCCCCAGCCCGCAGGGCAUGCGGGCGAAGCGCCACAAGCCCCUGCCCCUCUCCAUGAUCUUCAAGCUGCAAAACGCCUUCUGGGCGUCCGGAGCCUCCAGUGCCAAGGGCCAGCCCCAGGGGGCCCCAGGCUCCCCCAUCUUCCUCCGCUCCCCACAGAAGCAGCCCCAGCUCCAGCAGCCAUCUCCUCCGGCCCAGGCUCCGCUGCGACCGGCCCCGUCGGGGGCUGAAGCAACGGGAAGGGCCUCAGCCCUCGAAGCACCAGUGGAGCCCGUGCGAGGGGCCCCGGCGGGGGGCGACACGGAGCCCGAGCUGGAGAGCAUCUUGCGGGGCAGCGAGGUGGCAGAGGCGGAGGAGGUGGCUCGCCCCUUGAGCCCCACCCGCCUGCAGCCGGUCCUGCCCCCCGAGGCUCAGAGGGUGCCCGAGUUCGAGGAGGUGGCCCGGGUGCUGGCGGAGAUUCCCCGGCCCCUGAAGCGCCGCGGCUCCAUGGAGCAGAGCCCCGGCCCUGCGCUGCCGCCCACCCACAAGAAGCAAUACCAGCAGCUCAUCAGCCGCCUCUUCCAUCACCGGGGCCGCAAGGAGGACGCCGUGUCGGCGGGAGACGACCUGCCGCUCAUCACGGAGACAGCUGAGCUGAAGGCAGCAACCCCGGGCAGCCCUGCCCCGGUGCCCGCGCCCCAGAGCUCGCCAGCACCCGCAGCGUCGCCCCUGCUGGCUGUUACGGAGAGCCCCGGCACCCCGGCGCCCAGCCCCGGCACCCCGGCGCCCAGCCCUGUAAGUGCAGCCAUGCACCCUGGCCCCGGCACCCCGGCGCCCAGCCCUGAGAAGCGCUCCGUGCUGCGCAAGCUCUCGUCCCCGAGGCGGCGGCUGGGGAAACGGGUGCAGCUCAACCCCCUGGUGCUGCUGCUGGACGCGGCCCUGACGGGCGAGCUGGACGUGGUGCAGCAGGCAGUGAACGAGCUCAACGACCCGAGCCAGCCCAACGACGAGGGCAUCACGGCGCUGCACAACGCGAUCUGCGGGGCCAACCACAACAUCGUCGACUUCCUCAUCGCCGUGGGCGCCAACGUCAACUCCAUGGACAGCCACGGAUGGACUCCCCUGCACUGCGCCGCCUCCUGCAACGACACGGCCAUCUGCAUGGCCCUCAUCCGGCACGGAGCCGCCAUCUUCACCACCACUUUCAGCGACGGCAGCAUGGCCUUGGAGAAGUGCGACCCCUACCGCGAGGGCUACAGCGAGUGCUUCAACUACCUGGCUGAUGUGGAGCAGAACAUGGGGCUGCUGAACAACGGGGUGGUGUACGCGCUGUGGGACUACAGCGCCGAGUUCAGCGACGAGCUGUCGUUCCGCGAGGGGGAGCCGGUCACUGUGCUGCGGCGCGACAGCCAGGAGGAGCUGGACUGGUGGUGGGCCUCGCUCUAUGGCCAGGAGGGCUACGUGCCCAAGAACUACUUUGGGCUGUUCCCCAGGGUGAGGCCUCAGCGGAAGGUCUAAUGUGCCAGCACACGGCCCAUCUGCUGCUGCUACAGACCGGGGAAUGCAGCUGGCACCUGAUGAACUUAGGGGCUGGGGAGAACAUGGGGCUCUGCUGCUGGGAUUCUCCCCUGCUGGGAAGUGCGCCCCUCUCCCAAGGACUUGGUCAAUUGGCCCCUGGGGGCUGUGUGGAUGGGGGGCAGGGCUGGCAAGGAGCCAGGUGGGCCGGGCAGCGUCCUGCUGGCAGAGAGGUGGGAUGGGGGGAGGACAUGGCUUUGGUGUGCACUGGGGGCGGGGGGGAGAGCGUUGGUGGGUGCUGGGUCUCACCCUGGAUUCAGUCGGGCCCUGUCCUUGGCUCAUCUGCAUCAGAGACUGGUAUAAGUGACUGCAGGGGAUGGGAAACAAAUUCAAGUUGGUCUCUAACCAAACCAAACAGCCUCUGCCUUGGGAAAACCCGAGGGUGGGUAAGUGUGGCGGGGGCAGCCUCCUGGGCCGGACCAGGUGCCACCCUGCUCCUGUCGCAGUGCCGUGGCUGGGGGAAGGUGCGGGGAGCAGUCGUUUCCUGGCCCAGUCUCCGAGCAGCUGUGGGAAUCACUGGGCCCAGGCGCAUCUGCUUGCCAGCCCUUGCCAGUCACACCUAAUGGGCAUACAGGGGGAGAAUCCUUCGAGAUCUGGACAUGCAGCCCACGGAGACUUUGGGUCCCAGCAUGCAUUGAGGCCAGUCGGCUCGGUGACCCCCAGCGGUGAGGUUCAGGGGGCUUCACCCUCGCUGGAGCCUGGGCACUUCCACAGAGACCCAGGCCAAUAAGACGCAGGGCCCAGUUUCCUCCACAGUCUGGCAGCACUCCUGGUACCCGUACAAUGCGCCCUAUGGUGCUGCUGUCCUCCUUACCCAUGGGGCUUGGCGCCCAGCCCCCAUUCAGCCAGGGAGUGGGGAACGAGGCUGAGCUGGGCCCAACUCUGUGCUCUUCACUCCCCAAAGACGUCCCUCUGCCCACCCCGCUACCUGCCGGCCUCAGCUCAGCUCCCCACACGGGCCCUGGUUCUCCGCCACUCAUCUCCGGCUGUUCGCUGUGUCGGUGUGAUGCUGAAGGGGGGAAAAGCUUUCCCAUCAAUGGAGCAGCUUGGAGGUGUGGGGCUGAGCCAGGGAACCCCGGUGGGCUGGGAAUGCAGCUGUGCUGUCCUGUCCUGCAGCCCUUCGCAUGAAGCCUGCUGCCGGGGCCUGUGCCCCUGUGCGCCUGGCUGCUGUGCACAUGGGAGAGGCUUUUACUCCAGUGGUAGAACCUGUAUUUCUCUCAGAUUCCAAGGCCAGACGUGCCUGUUAGAUCAUCUAGUCUGACCUGCUCUGUCACAGGCCAGGGAACUGCCCCAGGGUUAUCCCUGUAGGGACCCAAUCGCUUGUGCUUGGCUGAAGCAUCUUCCCAAAAGGCAGCCAGGUUGGACUGGAAGAGAUCAGGAGGUGGAGAAUCCCCCAUUGCCCUGGAGAGUUUGUUCCACUGGUAAAUAUUUGUGCCUAAUUUCUAACUGGAAUGUGUCAGGCUCCAACUUGUAGCCAUUGGUUCUUGUUCUGCUUUUCUCCAUUAGAUUAAAGUGCCCUUUAGUACCCAG